UGCGUGUCAUCUCUACUAGUUGAUAUGUAGUUCAGUUCAUUCCCAAUUGUCUUCCCCAACAAUCUAUCAAUCCAACAGAGGAAGAGAUGGAAUUUAUGUCUGUAUGUUUGGCGGCUCUAAUAGCUGCAGCAGCAGCGUCGUCAAUCUUCUUUAUCUUUAAUGUAAUAAAAAUAUUCCGGCGCCGGCGGCAAUUGGGUAGCCGGAGGCUGCCCCUCCCGCCGGGGUCCAUGGGGUGGCCGUACAUCGGGGAAACCUUCCAACUCUACUCCCAGAACCCCAACACUUUCUUCGCUUCCAAAAUCAAAAAGUACGGGGGGGUGUUCAAGAGCCACAUCCUGGGAUGUCCGUGCGUGAUGGUGGCGAGCCCCGAAGCGGCGAAGCUGGUCCUGGUGUCGAAGGCCCACCUCUUCAAGCCCACAUUCCCGGCCACCAAGGAACGCAUUCUCGGCAAGCAGGCCGUCUUCUUCCACCAGGGCCCCUACCACGCCAAGCUCCGGAAGAUCCUGCUCCGGGCCUUCCUCCCGGACGCCAUCCGCCACUUCGUCCCGGACCUCCACUCCAUAGCCCUCCAAACCCUCCAGUCCUGCCACCGCAAAGCCACCAUCACCGCCUUCCAUGAGAUGAAAACUUACGCGUUCAACGUGGCGCUGGUGUCGAUAUUCGGGAGGGAGGAGAUGAGCCUGUACAAGGAAGACCUGAAGCGGUGUUAUUACAUGAUGGAGAAGGGCUACAACUCCAUGCCCCUCAACCUCCCCGGCACCCUCUUCCGCCAGGCCAUGGCCGCCCGCCGCCGGCUCUCGGAAAUCGUCGCCGGAAUACUCUCCUCCCGCCGGCAGCAGAAGCGCAAGUACACGGACCUGCUGGGGUCGUUCAUGGAAUUGGAAUUGGAGCCAGAGUCAGAGUCGGCGUGGGAGAAGCUGAGGCUGAGCGAGGAGCAAAUCGUGGACAACAUAAUCGGGGUGAUGUUCGCGGCACGUGACACGACGGCCAGCGUCCUCACCUGGCUCCUCAAAUACCUCGCCGAGAACCCCGCCGUCCUGCGCUCUGUCACCGAAGAGCAAGAGGCGAUCAUGAAAUCAAAGCAGGAACUGGAAUGGGACGACAUGAAGAAGAUGAGCGUGAGCCAACGGGUGAUCCAGGAGACGCUCAGGGCCGCCUCUAUUCUGUCCUUCACCUUCAGGGAGGCUGUGCAGGACGUCCAAUUCAAUGGAUAUUUGAUUCCCAAAGGCUGGAAAGUGCUGCCCCUCUUCAGAAACAUUCACCACAAUCCCGAGCAUUUCCCCGACCCCCAAAAAUUCGACCCUUCAAGAUUCCAGGUGGCUCCAAAACCCAAUAGUUUCCUGCCAUUCGGCAGCGGGAUCCACUCGUGUCCGGGGAAUGAGCUCGCCAAAUUGGAGAUCCUGGUCCUCCUGCACCAUCUCACCACCAAGUACAGGUGGUCUAUGGAGAGCACACAAAAUGGUAUACAGUAUGGUCCCUUUGCUCUUCCCCAGAACGGUCUGCCCAUCAAACUCUACCUCAGGGAAUAGUACUACAUGCUCCCGGGAUUCCGACUCCGGAAACGAUCGAGGUGCGGUUCAGUCGUCGCUCUGGAGCUCCAGUCCUGGCGUCUCUUUAAAAGCGUAGAAACUAUGAAAGAGACAACUGCAAUGCAACAGUGUUACAGGAAAGUUGUACAGGAGUUCGCUCAUCAGCUGAGGAAGAAGUAAUAACAACAACAUCAACAAUAAUAAUAAUAAUAAUUAAUUUAUAUACUUAAUUUUCAUGUUGGGAAUAUUAGAAUAUAUAUAUACAUAUUUUAAAAAAUAGGGUGGAGGAUAAAUACAAUUUUCGUUGCAACGUUGCCCA